AUGGUGGAGGAGGAGGAGGAGGAGGAGGAGGAGGAGGAGGAGGAGGAGGAGGAGGAGGAGGAGGAGGAGGAGGAGGAGGAGGAGGAGGAGGAGGAGGAGGAGGAGGAGGAGGAGGAGGAGGAGGAGGAGGAGGAGGAGGAGGAGGAUGAGGAGGAGGAGGAGGAGGAGGAGGAUGAGGAGGAGGAGGAGGAGGAGGAGGAGGAGGAGGAGGAGGAGGAGGAGGAGGAGGAGGAGGAGGAGGAGGAGGAGGAGGAGGAGGAGGAGGAGGAGGAGGAAGAAGAGGAGGAAGAAGCAGAGGAGGAGGAGGAGGAGGAGGAGGAGGAGGAGGAGGAGGAGGAGGAGGAGGAGGAGGAGGAGGAGGAGGAGGAGGAGGAGGAGGAGGAGGAGGAUGAGGAGGAGGAGGAGGAGGAGGAGGAGGAGGAGGAGGAGGAGGAGGAGGAGGAAGAAGAAGAAGAAGGGAGCGGAUGGUGCAGUGGGGAGUUGAGAGGUGCGUGA